AUGCUUGACGAGGAAGCAAUAUUCCCAACAAAAACAAAACUACACAUGCAAAAAACAACUUCACCUUUGGCAUUAUCCCUGCCUAAGAUCCAGAGUUUGUGUCAUGCAUCAAAAUCGCCAAAAAUAAUAAAAUUAGGUUUGUUAUCGGCUAUCAUGUAA